GGUGCCUGCUAACAACAUAAAAAGCUAUAUAUUCUAUAUUCAUGUAGUUUGGGAACUAAUAUUUUGGCAAUACAUAUGAUGGACAAUAUAAUGAAGAGGUAAUACAUGCAAUUCUUUUGGCAUACAAUGGCAUAGAUGAGAAGUUAUUUUAACUCAAAAUAAAGUAGUCUUUAGAGAGCUUGAUUUUUUUUUUUUUUUUUUUUUUUUUUUAUCAAGGCAAUUAGCAUGAGACCAGUGUCCAUAUAUAGCUAACCAAAUUGAACCUUUGCAAAACACUACAGAAAGCAUGUGAACGGAGAACAUGGUAAGAUGUCAACUGUUUCGUAACUAAAAUAAAUAAAUAAAUGCUACUGUUAGAGGAUUUAAUGUUUGCUUUGUUGAUGUUUUUUCUUCUGCAGACUUCCAAUAGACAGAGACAAUUCAGCUUGAUACAACUUUCUAUGUCUAAUUAGUUUUCCAAUAACUUUCCAAAAACAAAAUCCACAUAAUAAUUACAUAUCAUUCAACAUGCAGCCACCAUUAAAGAAUGAGUCCAAUGUCUUGGUAUUUACACUCUCUGGUCUAAAUGAAACAAUGGAAAAUAGAUAUGUUUUGUUUUCUUUUACUGCACUGUAUUAUCCCCUUAUGGUCUUUUGUAAUGUAACUAUAAUUACUACUAUACUCUUACAUAAGAAGCUUCAUGAGCCAAUGUAUGUGUUUAUAUGUAAUCUGUGUGUAAAUGGACUUUUUGGCACUUCUGGAUUCUACCCUAAAUUCAUGUAUGACUUAUUAUCCCAUGAUCAUGUGAUUUCUUAUAUUGGAUGCCUGAUUCAGAUAUUUGUCAUUUAUUCAUCUAUUCUGUGUGACUUUUCAACACUAACAGUGAUGGCAUAUGACAGGUAUGUGGCAAUAUGUAGACCACUGGAGUAUCAUUUAAAAAUGACAAAUCAGAAGAUUCUUAAAUGUAUCCUUUUCUGCUGGCUGGCUCCAUUUUUCUGCAUGUCUGUUCUAAUCAUUUUAAUAUCUAGACUCACCUUAUGUGGCUUUAAUAUCGAAAAGUUAUAUUGUGAGAUUUGGGCAGUUGCAAAACUUUCUUGUUUUUCUACAACAGUAAAUAAUGUAUUUGGGUACAUUGUUAUUCUUACAUACUUUGGACAUGCAGUAUUGAUAUUUUGCUCAUACAUUCAUUUGAUUAGAAAGUGCAGGAAGUCAAUAGAGGUCAGGCACAAAUUCAUACAAACAUGUGUGCCACAUCUGCUUGCAUUGAUCAAUGUGACAGCUGCUUUUUUGUUUGAUGUACUGUACAGUCGUUAUGGCUCAAAGAAUGUGCCACAAGGUGUACGUAAUUUCAUGGCUCUUGAAUUCUUACUUGUACCACCGAUUUUAAAUCCUCUUAUUUAUGGACUAAAUCUGACAAUAGUGCGCCAGCAAGUUAUGAGACUGUUUUUCAAAAAACAAAUGGGAAUAUCUAAGUGA